AUCAUUUCACUAGUUUCUUCAGUGCUCCUUUGACACUAGCUAUGUACAUGUAUGGUCUUUUUUAAUGGACAAUCCACACGACGCACAGUAAGCCCGCUGGAUUUUUAUUACUUAACAUACGUAAUUCGAUUUGGCCAAGGCCACAGUGACUAAUUCCAACUCCUGAAAUCUGAUAAAAUGCUGAAAAAGUGGCUGUCACAAAUUAGGUCGUUAAUUUAUUCAGUUAAAAUCAAAGCAUCAAAGUAAAUAGCCGACUAAUGAAAUUUUAUUUCAUGUUGAAUUACGGCACCUUUAAUUUAAAUUUUGUUGUACACAACUGAAUCUUUUAUUCUGUACCUUUACUUUAUUGAUGCAUCAAUAUUAUUACACAGAUAAUCAACUGUAAAUUGAUGAUAAAAUGACGUCGAUCACUGUAGCUUGUGUGAUCACUUAUAUAAGAUAAUAUAAUUAUUAUCGAAUACAUCCACAUUUUUAACAGUUUUUUUUAUUAAUGACCACCUCACCCCCUGGUAUUGGCAGUGUGUUGUAAGAGCAGACUAUCAGCCCACCUGGCAGCAGGAGUUAGAUUGACAGGUGAAUAGCCCAGUGUGUGGUGAGGCGGUGAUUAUCGGGCAUCCUGUUACUCUCCGUCUGCCGCUGCUAUGUGAUAGCUGGAGUUUUAUUCCAUGUCUCAGUCAGCAGACAAACUUCCUCCCCUGCCAAGCGGUAAGAGCUGGCCCGAGACGGCGCAGUGAGUUCAACUGGGGUUGAACGGGCAUCAUGUAAUUCAGUUAGGGGAUGAGAGCCAGGAUUGUCGGAUUUGUGCUCCCACCUCCUUUUACCCCCCAGAAAAUUUCGUCUUGAGGGUUUGUCGGAAUGAUCAAGAUGAUCUCAAUAAUCUGCCUGGCGAUGAUGCUGCUUCCUGAAGCGGUUCACUCUGCUGAGGGUCACUAUGCCACUAAGCUCUUGAAGGAUUUGAUGGAGAACUACUCCAGCGCCCUGCGGCCUGUGGAGGACACGGACAGAGCUCUGAACGUCACCUUACAGAUCACUCUGUCUCAGAUCAAAGACAUGGAUGAGAGGAACCAGGUGCUGAUUGCCUACCUGUGGAUCAGGCAGACGUGGCACGAUGCGUACUUGAAGUGGAAUAAAGAGGACUAUGAUGGACUGGACGCCAUCAACAUCCCCAGCAGCCUGGUGUGGAGGCCCGACCUCGUCCUCUAUAACAAAGCUGACGAUGACUUCUCGGGGCCAAUGGACACCAACGUGAAACUGCGCUACAACGGAGAGCUGACCUGGGACGCUCCUGCCAUCACCAAGAGCUCCUGUGUGGUGGAUGUUUCCUACUUUCCCUUUGACAGCCAGGAGUGCAACCUGACUUUUGGGUCCUGGACCUAUAAUGGGAACCAGGUCGACAUCAUUAUGGGCAUGGACAGCGGCGACCUCUCCGAUUUUGUGGAAAACGUGGAGUGGGAAUGCCACGGGAUGCCGGCCACCAAGAACGUCAUCAUGUAUGGAUGUUGCUCUGACCCAUAUCCAGACAUCACGUACACCGUGCUCCUGCAGCGCCGCUCCUCCUUCUACAUUUUCAACCUCCUCCUCCCCUGCUUCCUCAUCUCCUUCUUGGCUCCUUUGGGUUUCUACCUGCCUGCAGACUCCGGGGAGAAGGUUUCCCUUGGAGUGACGGUUCUCCUGGCUCUCACUGUGUUUCAGCUCAUGGUUGCUGAGAGCAUGCCUCCGUCGGAGAGUGUGCCUCUUAUAGGGAAAUACUACAUUGCCACUAUGACCAUGGUCACAGCCUCCACAGCUCUCACCAUCUUCAUCAUGAACAUUCACUUCUGUGGUGCUGAGGCCAAACCAGUCCCCCACUGGGCAAAAGUCCUCAUUAUUGACUACAUGUCCAAGAUUUUCUUUGUUUAUGAGGUGGGCGAGAACUGUGCCACUGCCUCCUCCACUUCCUCCUCCUCCUCUUCAUCCUUCCACUCGCCCCAGGAUGAUCCCCGUCCCCAUCAUGUCAGCUCCCACGCUCACGCAAAUGGAAAACCAGGGAGCCACAAUAACCACGGCGGUCAUCAGAGUCAGAAAUACCCCAGGCCCCAGACCCUCAAACCACAGCACCACCCCAGAGUGAAAGCCCAGCACCACAUUACCAGAGAAGAGAGGAGCCACCUCUCUGGCUUUGCACCAGGAAAAUAUGGAGACUCGAACGGUAAAAUCCCUACAGGCGACUGCUGUCAAGACGACCAGAAGGUUCCGUGCUGCCCUGAAGACAAAAAACCACCACCUCACGGCCCCACUGUAACCUUUGGCCCCUGCGUGUUCUGUAGCUACGGCAGUGGCCUCCCCGGUGUGGACACCAAGCUGGUGCGCAAUGUGGAGUACAUCGCCAACUGCUUCCGAGAGCAGAGAGCCACGUGUGCUAAGGGAGCGGAGUGGAAGAAGAUCGCCAAGGUGAUGGACAGGUUCUUCAUGUGGAUCUUCUUCAUCAUGGUCUUCCUCAUGAGCAUCCUUGUCAUUGGCAAGGCACCGACCACGCAGUGACGCUGUGGAUUGUUUAAAUAUUUCUAUAAAUCUGUUUUUUUUUUUUAAAAUAAAAACUAUUGCAUG